CAACCUAACCAGGAAAAAAACGAGUUGCCGGGUUACGAGAAAAAGACUUCGCGGAUGUGGAAGGAACGAGAGGGAUAGAAAGAGAGUCGAACAACGUUCGAGUGCUCGUACUUUAUCGUCCUUUCCGCCGAUUAAAGACAGCGCGAGGAUUUCGCCACUCGACACCCUUUAUCGUUCUAGCACUGUCUUUCAUUUCUUUCUCUGCUUUGUUUUUUUUCCCCUCCGUUCGUGUGUAAAGAGCGUGUAAAAGAGGUUCGUGAAUAAAAAAUACUGUUUGCUGUUACGAGCCACGCGACUGCUAAAUUUCACAUACAUUCUACACCAAUCGAGUCUCGGACACGUGUGUUCCUCGCCCUCAGUCACCGGUCCUUUGAAAGCGAUUCUCCGGAAAAUCGCCACUCUGUUGUUGGAAGUGAACGUUUUUGUAGCCGCAAGUGAAUUGUUUACCGGAAAAUUGACACUAAAUUUAACAGUUGAAAAUACGAAAGUGGUUACGUUCUCUUGAAUUUUUGUACCUCGUUCCGUGAUUUAUUUCUCUGAGAGUGAAAAAAAAAAAAAAAAACAGGUGCCGUGUAGUCGAAAUUGGAAUUUAUUUUUCGGCCGUUUAAACCCGACAGUUGACAACGAUUGGGCACAGUAAUAAAUGGGAAAAAGUGUUCGAUUGACGGCAGCGCCACGUAAAGCGGAUCUAAUUCGAAACUAUAUGUAAAUUUCUGUACAAGAAACCGAGUCGUCAACUUCUUUUCAUGUGUUACGUUGGAGUGUUCACAACAAAUUUCGUGUGCAGUGUUGUUAGACAAACAGCUUGUUGAAAACGGUUUUCUAACUGUCAAAGUGAAACGGUGUCUCGUGAUCGACGAUUUAAUAAAAUUCGAAUCACGAGCUAUCGAAAUAACAAUAAAAAAUCAAGUGAUCUCGUAAUUCAUCGUUUCAAGACCUCAUUUUCUUCGUCGCGUCGCGCGGCGAUGGGGGAAGUGAUGCGGGGGACGCUCGGUCAACGGACGAUUUUUCCGAACGUUCAAAAAUACGAGAUCGGUAUUAAUCGGGUGGUUUCGGUUUGAACAAAACGAAGACGGAACGACGCCAUAUUUGUAUUUUCUUUUGUUUGGCAAUGUGGACCAAGAGAAGCGUUGUGUUGUCACACCGAUAUAAAAAUAAAUCAUUCCUUUUUCAAUUGCUUGAACCAAAAAAUCGAAUUAUUUUCCGUACGUAACGCAAUUUUUUUCGGUAAAAUCUACAAAGUCAAAGAGGCUCAAGUGAAUAAGCCGGUAAAAAUACUGAAACGAGAUUAAAACGAAACACGAGUCUGGGGAAAAGUGGUGGGGACGGGGCGUUGCGGAUGGAAUCGAGGAACAGGGAAUAUUCGUUUUCAACCAAAAUAUACCGCGAAUCAAUCGCUUUUAGGAGGGAUACGUUUUUGUUGCUGGGCGUUAUCGCGUUUUGCUUUCGCCUCAAAAUAUCGCGUUCGCUAUUUUCUUUGAACCGCGAGCGGACAAGUAGAAUGAGAGUAAACAAUAACACGACCAUGUUUUGUUUCGAGAAAAAUGCUGACGGAGUCUCAUAAUCAAUCAUCCGUUUCACCUAAUAUAUUAACCACAUUCGGUGAAUUCAAUAUUUCAAUGGUAAUAAAUAAUUAGCGCUACAAUCAACAGUUUAAAUAAUCACAGUAAUAUUCAUUAACGCUUACAUUAGGCAAAAUAAUAAUCAAUAUAAUAAUCAUCUCAAAAAAUUAACAAUAAUAUCUGUAACGAUAAGUGCGUUGCUUCGAAAGUGCAGUGAGUUUUUUGUUUCCGUGCAAUAUAUUCGUGCGUGGCAAGAUAUUGGAGAAUAAGUGAGUAAAGUAAUUGAGUUGAAGGAAAUACGGGGGAAAACGAGGACGGUGAAUCGAGGAUGAGCGACGCCGGCAUCGUUGGCGCAAUUGCGAUUAGUUUAUUUGGCGGUGAAAAGAAAUUGCUGCGAUCAACUUCUUCGGCCUCCGUUGGACCGGACUGCAUGGAUGCUGGUUAUUCGAUGCUCGGGAGCGAUCUCGAUGUUUGCAGAAUGUUCGACCAGUACGCGUAUAAGCGACCUGCAGCUGGGCCGUGGAUGCGACAUCCGAGAAGCGACAACUUGGAUUUGUCACUGAGCGUGCCACAGCAUCAUCACCAAACCGCUUAUCACCAUCACGACGGUUACAACAUGGCUGAUCAGACAUUUCACACGCCGAGCUUUGGCGACGAAGACUUCGACAUUCCGGCCAUACAUCCUCACCAGCAUCAACAACACCAACAGCAUCACCAACAGCAACAACAUGAUCUUCACACUUACCAGUCUCAGAUGAUGCAGAAUGCAGGCAUGCAACAUUCUCCCGAUGGGCUUAAUUUAGAUUCUGGCGGAUAUCAACAGCCCAUUUAUUUGCAACAAGAACAUCCGAUGCAGCCGAUCAACGUCAGUCCUGCGUACACAAGCCCCCAAGGAUCGUACUCGUCGAUCAACUCGACAGGCCAACAACACGGCGGUCAACAGUUGCUGCUCCUCCAACAACACUCGCAGCAUCAACAGCAGGCCCAGCAACAGCAACAACAGCAACAGCAACAACAGCAGGCUCAACAACACCAGCAACAAGUUCACAUGCAACAGCAACAACACAUGCAGUACAUGCACUCCCAGCAACAACAACAGCUCCACUCCCAACAACAGCAGCAACAGCAACAGCACGUACAAUACCGAAGUCCAACGGGUGGCAGUCCACCGGCUAUGCAACCGAAUGCCAUUCCUGAAAAUAAUAAUACGACAACCAGCGAGGACAGCGAUGACAGCACCCCGCACUCGGGAAUGUUGGCAGGCAUUAAGCGGCCAUCCCCGGAGCCAGCAGACACCGUUAACAAGAAUCAAAAGAAACCGAAGGCACAGAAGAAAAAGAAGAAGAGAGAUCCGAACGAACCGCAAAAACCAGUCUCGGCUUACGCGCUCUUCUUCAGGGACACUCAAGCAGCCAUCAAGGGACAAAAUCCUAAUGCGAGCUUUGGCGAAGUAUCGAAAAUCGUAGCCUCGAUGUGGGACGCUCUCGACACUGAACACAAAAACGUUUAUAAGAAGAAAACCGAAGCUGCGAAGAAGGAAUACUUGAAGGCUCUUGCGGCGUACAGGGCUUCGGUAGUCAGUAAGGGAACACCCGAGAGUGAACAUCAACCGCCAGCUCCGGUACAGCAACAACAGCAGCAACAACAACAGGCUCAAACGCAACAACAGCAGCAGCAACAACCCCAACAAGUUCAAUACGGAGCAUACAGCGCAUAUCCAGGCAAUCCUGGUCCGAGCAACGUCGCCUAUCAAGUCUACAGUCCACAACCCCAACCACCUUCACCCCAACAACAUCAGCAGCAUCACCAACAACAUCCUCAGCAACAACAAAUGACCAUCAAAAAGUCGCCUCAUCAUCUCGCCGGAAUGCAGGCUAAUGUUCAACAAAACCAACAACAGGGUAUGAUGGGUAAUCCAAUGGCGCCACCUCACAUGACGCAGCAACAGCACAUGCAGCAACAAGUAUCUCAGCAGCAAUAUAUGCAGCAGGUACCUCAACAACAAGUGCAACAAGUUCAAGUACAGCAACAAAUAAUGCACAUGAGUCCGCCACGUGGUGAUUCACUGUCGAGUCCACCUCCGGUAAGCGGUUCACAAGGUGGCUUGGGCGGUCAAAUGCCCCAGUCAAAUUCUUGCAUUCGUCAUGGUUGUCCAAAUCCUGCUGUAUCAAACAGCGAGUGGGAAGACGAGUAUUGCAGCAAUGAAUGCGUGGUUAGCCACUGCAGGUUUGUAGACGUAUUCAACAGUUGGGUAUCGUCGAAUCAGAAUUCCCAACAGAAUUUUUCCACGGUCAAGUAAGACAAGAUAUGAAAGAGCUAGAAGCGCGACGAACUACAAAAAAUUUUUCGACUACUCAAAGGCCUCGCAGCUUUUAAACGGAAUGGGUGGGAAAGAUGGGGCCUGUUGUUGACCCGUUAAGUAAGAUAAACAAAAACUUUACACAAUACAUGUACAUAGGUUAGUGAAAAAAAGCAAAGAAAACACACAGACACAUGAUACGAUGAAAAAAAAAGUAUAACAGAAAGUGAAAAAGUUCCAAUAUCCGCGGUUGGGGGACAAUCACUUUUAUGAGAAACAAACAACAUAAGCCUGAUAAUUGAAACUAAAAAAACACUUAACUGAACGGGGCUGGCUUGGAAAGCACGAAAUUUGAACAAUUUUGCCAUAGUUUUGAGCAAUUUUGAACAGCAGCCUUUGUGACUGUCGUGAAACCCAAAAAGAAUUGUUGCGCAUUAACGGCACAGAAAAAUUUUGGUUUCGCUGAAGGAAAUUACAGAAAAUGUCAAUAUCGCCAAGCGGAUUUGUAAUCGCGGUGGGAGAAACAUUUUCUUUCAUUUAUUUAUCCCGAAAUCUCGUCGUUUCUCUUUCUCACUUUUGUUCCACUAUGAAUAUCAUUGUUCAGAUUUAUUUUUCAUUACAUCAUCGAAUACGAUGACGAAUAUCAUGAAAGAUUGGUGGAUCAUAUAAGCGUCAACGAUGAAACAACAGCGUCAUUUAUUUCUUUUCUUUAUACGAUGAAAACCUCCAAGAGAGACUAAUAGGAAAUGCUUCCCGCGAUUGAGAAUUCGUAAACAGACAUAAAUAGUAACAACUUCACGUCCGCUCAGAUUUGAAACAUCGAUUUCCAUAUAAAGGAAAGGUAUGAAACUUAAAGAGAAAAAAUGAAAAAACUCCAGAGUUCGCGUCCAUAGAACUUUGUGAAAUUGUCGAGAGGAGAAGAUGAAUUGUAACGAACGUCACACUAGAUUUAAAGGUAGACGAAGAAUCGUUAUCAUGGGAAUUGAUGAGCAAUGGCGGUUGUUUUAUCGAUUGUCAAAAAGAACAAUGUCUGAUGCCGUGAAAGAUAAAAAAAAGUAUAAAAACAAAAAUGGCGAUUGUGCGAGAAAUAGUGAGGAAGAAGAUCAUCACAUAACUUAUUUUUGUAUUUGUAUCACCAACGUCAGAAGAAUCGGUUGAUGUCGAUCCAGAUUGAAAGAUACAAAUCGGUCAGUCGUUGUCACGAAUGAAAUAGAGAACUGAGUGAAAAAAACACUCACGUGAUUCGAGUUCAUUUUUUAUCACGGUUGAAUUUACGAUUCACCAUUUACAAACCAAAAUAGCUCUACAAAAAAGAUUUGAAGAACGUCGUAAAUCUCGUGGAACUACGCAGUUUUAACAAUUGUGUAUUCUUAUCCCAGACAUCGUGUAAAAAAAAAGAACAACCGUAUAUUUCGAUCUCUUGAUAGAGACGGAGAGAAAGAGAAAAAAAAGCGAGAAAACAAAGAUAAUAAGUGGACGACCCACUGAUGAUGGUAUCAGCUACGAAAGCGUUAAAUAAAGAAAACUUAUUAAUUCAUGAGCCAACGAGAGAAUUUCUUAGUUCUUACGACAUUUUUUUUCUCGUUUUUUCUUUUUUGUCAAAUAAAUUUAUCAAAUUGAAAUGUAUCUACGAUACGCAAAAUUUGUUGUUUUUACAUUUAGAUUUUAACUUAGUGAUUCGGAUAUGGGCUCUGAAAACAAAGGAUUGCAGUAAGCGUUUCUGAUACCCAAAACGACGUGUUUAGGACAGUUUGUCUCGGUUAUUAAUUCCAAGGGCUUCUACAAAAGCGAGUGGCCCCCGAGAAAAUGCAUAAAUUCUAUAAAAUCAGAUUUUCUUUAUUUUUGAAUAUUCAAAUCCAUAUUUUUCAUUUUUACGCCUUAAUAUCGAUAUCAAUUUUGUUUUAUCGCGCGAGACAUACUGUGUUAUUACGACUAUUUGAAACAAACAUAUGUUCGCGUUUGCAUGAACUAUCUCGGAAGAAAUUCGAUGAUUCAAUUAUAAGCUAGACAAAGAUCGAUUAUACGUGAAGAAAAGAAAAUGAAGUAAAAGAAAAAAUAAAGAUACAACUGAAUUCAAUUGCACUAGGCAUCAAUGAAUUUUUUCCACUAUUUCUUGUUCCAAUGAUUUUUACUCCAUUAUUAUUAUUGUUGGUACAAGAAAAUUGUUCAAAUAUUUCAUGCGAACGCGCAGCCAGUUUUCAUUUCCUUAUUAUUAUUAUGAUGAUUAUUAUUAAUAAUAUUAUUAUUGCUAUUACUAUUAUCAUUAUUUUUCUAAUGUUAUUCUUCGAUUUUAAUAUUCUUAUGUAAAUACAUAAAUAUAUUCUAUAGACCGAUAGAUUAUAUAAUGUAUACAUCAUCAAUAUUGUAUUAUAUUGAUAACGAUUUGUGGUAUAUUACAAGAAAUAUAUAUAUAUAAAUAUAUAUACAUACAUAUAUUAAUGUGUGUCUCUAUAUAUAUUUAUAUAUAGGAUUAAAAAAAUACACAUAUUAUUAUUGAUUAUUGCGUAACGAUAAGAUAUUGGUUAUCAACGUUUGCCAGAAAAGCCCCAUUACAUACUAUGGAGCAAGGCGCAUUACAUGAGUUAUCACAAGAAAAACAAUACACAAAUACACAAAACUAAGCUCUUUUUCCCCUCUCUUCUCUUAUUGUUCACUCCUCCCUUCCCCCCCCCCCCUCUCCUUUCCUUGAAAAAAAGACGAUACGGCGAAAACACAAUUUUACAACAAUAAUCAUAAUUGCAUAAAAACCUGUAAUAAAAAAGAAAAAACAUGAUAGAAGAACUAGAAAUUAUUGAGCAUAUAUAGUAGUAAUAGCACUACGCAUCAAAUGCUAAUAUAUGAUGGUGAUUUGCAAUGAAUUUAUGUUCAUUAUUAUUGUUUUAUGUACAAAGACUUAAUUAAACGUUUUCAGUCCCAGCAA